CGGCCGAGCGCGCACGCGUGAACGCGCAUCGACACCAAAUCCGCUAGAUGAUUAAAGCCGCCCCACAGCACGGGAAAGAUGACUCUUUGAACUGUCCUGGAGAAUGUGAAAAUACGGAGCAAUAGUAGCCGCUUUACCCUCAAGAACACGAAUGAGUUGCGAGUGUUUGGAAGAACGACUUUUUCGAACCUUCUGUCUUUGCUUUUCUUUGGGUUGAAGAAAGAGCUGCCACAGUGUUGUCGGGCCAGUGAGUCGUCAGGAGUUUGAACAACGGCGAGCCUCUUGUACUGCUUUGCAUUGUAAUAAGUCUGUUUGUUUUAAAGAAGCGUUUUUUAAUCAACAUUUCAGAUGAUAGGUCAUAUAAUGUUAUCAUUUUCUCAUUUCUAUCAGUGACUCUUUGUGCGUAAAAUAGCGCUGUUCUCUGAAAACCUUAAUAGGCUAAGCUAGGUUCGGUCACGCUGACCGGACUGAUAUUUAUAACUAGUUAAUGGGGCAUUUACUUUAUGUUACUCCUGACACUUAUGCCACUGCAGCGAACUGCUCAACAAAACCCGACACAACUACUUUGUGAACGCUAACUGAAUGCGCCCGGGUUCAGCAUGUCGUUUUUCAAUUUUCGUAAAAUAUUUAAAUUGGGAGCGGAGAAGAAAAAGAAACAGUAUGAGCAUGUUCGCCGAGACGAAAACCCAGAGGAAAUCUGGGACAUCAUCGGUGAACUGGGAGAUGGAGCCUUUGGGAAAGUGUUUAAGGCUCAAAACAAACAGACGGGCAUCCUAGCUGCAGCCAAAGUUAUUGACACAAAGACCGAGGAGGAGUUGGAGGACUACAUAGUGGAGAUUGAAAUCCUGGCGUCCUGUGACCACCAAAACAUUGUCAAACUGCUUGAUGCUUUCUAUUAUGAGGGCAAACUCUGGAUCCUCAUCGAAUUCUGUGCAGGCGGGGCGGUGGACGCUAUCAUGCUUGAACUUGAGAGACCUCUUACAGAGCCUCAGAUCAGGGUGGUUUGUAGGCAGACCCUGCAGGCCCUCGUCUACCUCCAUGACAUUAAAAUCAUCCACAGAGACCUGAAGGCUGGGAACAUCCUCCUCUCACUCAAUGGUGAUGUGAAACUAGCUGAUUUUGGCGUGUCUGCCAAGAACAGCAAAACCCUGCAGAGGAGAGACUCAUUCAUUGGAACGCCUUACUGGAUGGCCCCAGAGGUGGUGAUGUGUGAGACAUCCAAGGACCGCCCAUAUGACUACAAGGCUGAUAUCUGGUCCCUUGGGGUCACGUUGAUUGAGCUGGCACAGAUUGAGCCACCAAAUCAUGAGAUGAAUCCCAUGAGGGUCCUGUUGAAAAUAGCCAAGGCCGAUCCUCCUACCUUGAUGCAGCCGUCGCGCUGGUCCCCUGAAUUCAGUGAUUUCCUGAAGCGGUGCCUGGACAAGAAUGUGGACAACAGGUGGAAUGCAGCACAACUUCUUCAGCAUCCAUUUGUGUCCAGUGUGACUGACAGCAAGCCACUGCGAGAACUCAUAGCUGAGGCAAAGGCCGAGGUUACUGAAGAGAUUGAAGAGCACAAAGAGGAGGAAGAAGAGGAGGAAACAGAAGCACAUCUGGGCCACAAACGUGCCCCAUCUGAUGUCAGCAUCACCAGUUCAGAGGAUGAGAAGAUCCCCCUGUCUCCCUCCAUCUUGGAAUCUGUCCCUGAGAAGGUUGAGCCAAUUCUGCAUGUGCCAACACCCACUGAUAUCACUGUGGCUAAGGAUGUGGUGGACAGUAGCUUUGUGGAGGAGCCAGUGACAGAAGAGCACACAAUGCAGGCUGAGAAUGCAGUGGGACAGCAGAAACAUGUGGAUGAGGAGCCUUCAGAAGCAGAAGGAGAUGUUGCCUCACCUCAAAAAGAGACAGCACCAGAGGAACAAGUUAAAGAAAUGCAGCAGCUGGAGAUCACUGUUGUGGAUGAACAGCAAGUAGACACAGCCCAAACCACCCCAGAGGAAGCUGCUCAGGAGGACAAGGAGGAGUCAGAUACACUGACCGAGGAGGAGGAGGAGGAGGACCGGUACAAACAUCUAAAAGUGUCACUGACACUACCAGAGCAACAUAAUAUUGUUUCCAACGAGGAGAAUGGAGAGAGGCCCGGAGACAAUGAUAAAAUAAAUACAGAAGAUGAGAAGAAGGUUCCCGACAAAGCAAAGGAUGAGAAAGAGAGAGAUUCAGACUUGGGAAGUGGCUCCUCUGCAGUCAACAGCAACACAGAGCUCAAUCUGUCCAUCUCCAGCUUUCUGUCCAAAACUAAGGAGCCUGCAUCUGUUUCCAUAAAGGACACCAAGUGUCAUAAGAAGACACUGAAAAAGACUCGCAAAUUCAUUGUGGAUGGAGUGGAAGUUAGCGUGACAACUUCAAAAAUCAUCACUGACAAUGACACCAAGAACGAGGAGAUGAGAUACCUGAGGCGUCAGGAGCUGAGGGAGUUGCGUCUCUUGCAGAAGGAGGAGCAAAGGGCACAGCAGCAACUCAGCAACAAACUCCAGCAGCAAAAAGAGCAGAUGUACCGCCGCUUUGAACAAGAGACCACAAGCAAGAAGCGGCAGUAUGACCAGGAGGUGGAGAAUCUGGAGCGGCAGCAGAAGCAGACGAUCGAGAGGCUGGAACAGGACCACACCAACCGGCUCAGGGAGGAGGCCAAACGUAUCAAAGGCGAGCAGGAGAAAGAGCUGUCCAAGUACCAGAACAUGCUGAAGAACCGCAAGAAAGAGGAACAGGAGUUUGUUCAGAAGCAGCAGCAGGACCUGGACAGCUCCCUGAAGAAGAUCAUCCAGCAGCACAAACUUGAGCUUGCCACCAUUGAGAGAGACUGUCUCAACCACAAGCAGCAGUUUCUCCGAGCACGGGAGGCUGCCAUGUGGGAGCUGGAAGAGCGCCAUCUGCAGGAGAAGCACCAGCUGUUCAAGCAGCAGCUCAAAGACCAGUACUUCAUGCAGAGACACCAGCUGCUCAAGAGACAUGAGAAGGAGAUGGAGCAGAUGCAGCGCUACAACCAGCGUCUGAUCGAGGAGAUGAAGAACAAGCAGACCCAGGAGAGAGCCAGACUGCCCAAGAUUCAGCGCAGUGAGGCCAAGACCCGCAUGGCCAUGUUUAAGAAGAGCUUGCGCAUCACCAUAGCUGCCAUCACCCCCGAGCAGGAAAGGGAGAAGGUCAAACAGUUUGCAGCUCAAGAAGAGACGAGACAGAAGAAUGAAAGGCUCCACCAGCAGCAGAAACAUGAAAACCAGAUGAGAGACCUACAGCUGCAGUGUGACGCCAACGUCCGAGAGCUGCAGCAGCUGCAGAAUGAGAAGUGCCACUUGCUUAUUGAGCAUGAGACCCAGAAACUGAAAGAGCUGGAUGAGGAGCACAGUCUGGAGCUGAAGGAGUGGAGGGAGAAACUACGACCCAGGAAGAAGGCCCUGGAAGAAGAGUUUGCCAGGAAGCUCCAGGAACAGGAAGUGUUCUUCAAGAUGAGCGGAGAAUCCGAGUGCCUUAACCCGUCAAGCCAGAGCCGCAUCUCCAAGUUCUAUCCCAUCCCCACUGUCCACUCCACUGGAUUAUAGUUCAGAACAACUCCACACACACACACACACACACACUCUCAUGAAGACUGACCCUGUGCUGCCUUGCCCUCGUCGUCUGUCAGUAGAUGUCAGUAGUUUUUCUGUCUCUGAGCUCCUCAGUCUUUUUCCUCAUUGUGUCUAGUAUUUACUCCAUCGUCGUCAUUUUUGAACGAGAAAUCCAGCUGUCGUGUUGUUAAUCAUCUCACACCCACUGAACGUGAAUCAUUUCUGUAAAGAAUCCAGUGCCUGUAGACUUUAAAUCAAAGUGACUGACUUUUUUUUUUGCUGCUCAGUUUUUCUCUAUUUAGACUUUUGCACUAUGGAUUUUUAUGCUGUUUCAUUUAGAUACUUUUGGAAUAACAAACCUGUCAUUUAGAAUAGAUAUUCAAAUAUAAUGUAUUUCAGAUGAAUAGGACAGAGGAGAUUUGUUACCUCAUCAUGAUGAUGGAGUAUAUUUUUAUGAAAGUGUAGGUUGUGAUGCAGUAGACGUUGCAGUAGCUUGUCUUGUGUUUUAUGUCAGUGUCAGCAGAGACCAUUGCUUUCUUUUCCAAAUGUCUUCCUGUUUCAAACACUUUACACCUGAACGUUACCUUGACAAGCAACCAGAACCUGAAGUAAACCAUCACUGUGUAUGAUAGAGCAAGUGUGGAGAUGGUGAAGCCUUUUCCUCCUGUAGGUUUGUCAGUCUGUACGCUGCAUGGUCCCUUUUUGUUUUUGCAAUUUUUACCUCAUGGCAUAGAGUUGUUAAUCCAUUGCUGCCUCACUCCGUAAGUUUGUUGUCCAUUUUUGAAUGCAGCAGCAGAGCCGCAGUUUCCCGUGUCCACUCGAGCUUAAACACCGAUAUUCUCCGUGGAUUUUUGGUUCAGGGAGUGAGCGGUUUACAAACUGCAGUUUCCAGGCAGAAAAGGUUGAUAUAUUCAUUAGACUGUGGAAACAUUGUCGCUCCAUUUAUCUUUUGUUUUCUUUACAGUUGACACCACUUUAUUAUUAUUACCAAGCAAAGUGUUUGCAUCUAUCGGAGUUAGUUCUUCAGGGAUGAAUGAAAAUUCUGUGUUUGUGAGGUGAGUGCGCAGCUUUUAGCUGAGCUGCAGUCACAGGUGAUGAUAUGUCCUUUAUAUUUUAUUUUCUUUGUUUUUUCUUCAGGAUCUGUUUUGCUACCAGGUAGUUUCUUCUUUUUAUUGGAAUUAUAAUACAAAGAGUUUUCAUUGAUAUUUUAGCGAAUAACCUUUGUUUACUAUAAAGCUGUCGUGUUUCCAUGUUUAAAGAUUUGGGUCAAACUUGUGAAUUGUUUUAUUUGACUUUUUUUCAAACAUACAGUGCACAUUUUUAUUCCGACUGGAAAAAUCUGUGAUACUGCAUUUAAUACAGUUGAUGCAAAAAAGGAAAAAAGAAAAUGAGCUGACUGGCUCUUGACCUCUGAUUGGUCACAAUUCUAUCAUCAUAUUUUCUCUGAUUGUCUUUAAAGUCAGUCGUGUAUUUAUUACAUACCAAAACACAACAUACAUACCAAAAUAGCUAUUUAUAUAAAAUGCCCCACUGUGGCAGACGCCACAGCUCACUCCGCUCUACUCAGCAAAGAUUAGCAUAAUCAGUCAUUUGUGGAUUCAUUAAACUGUAAAUUGAUUUUGUGUUGACAGAAAAACAAAUCUGCAUCCAUAUUCAAAAAAAACAUGCAUUAAAAAGUGUGGUUUUUAGAAUGCCAGUGUAAUGUUGAUUUGUAUUUUGCUGUAAAUAAACAGUUUUGCUCUUGGA